UUGGUAGUAGCAGUUGUGUUUCUCGGUACGCUCUCUCCUCCGAAUUUACUAGUGAAUCUUCUUCAACGCGAGUAGGUUAAAGUUUGGGUUGCCUGGUUGGGGCUCGUGGGCUUUGCGGGACGCGUGUCGUGACGCGAGAGUAGGUGUUUUAAGUCCCACGCGGCGCCCCGGAUGAUGCUGUGCGCUACAGCCACUGAUUCUCCGGACUCGUCUCGUGAACGCGCCUAGAUUGAAAAGACCUUGCGGGUGUCAGACUCGACUUGCGCGACUUUUGCAGUGAUAUUUAACGGAAUGAAUCUCGCAAACACCUCUUAGUAGUGUCGAAAUCGUGGACCAGUGAACAAGUGAUCUCUCUCGGGACUUGCCGUGUGACUCGAAGUGUGUGCUAAGUAAGAAACAGUGAAAGAAGCAGGAAAAAAGUGAUACUUUUGCGGUGGAUUACCUCAUCAAUGAUCUGAGAAACUGCCUUGUGGUGCCAAGCAAUAAGUGCAAUAACAUCUGUGAUGAUUACAAGUGAUCUAGCGAUCAAUAAGUGCCAUUUCAUUUAGAAUAGCAUGUGAUCUUUGCUGACUGAGCGGCAAACGUGCAAUUGAGUGAAAAAAAAAAUUGUGAAAAUAAAAGUCAAUUGAAAAUUAAUAACGGUUCGUUGUGGUGCAAUCAGUCAAGAUGGGGUUAAACAAACGUAGCAAGGAACAAAAACUGAAGAGCCAGAGCUUAAUUGACUCUGAACGAGGGCAAGGUUCGGGAGUGAUCGGGAUAGAUCCUGGAGCUGGUAAUGUUUCCAGUGUGGAUACGUUCCAGCAAAGUUCUACGAACAGCAGUAGCAGCACUAGCAGGAUGCAGACAUCCAGUUCGACCAGCAGCUCAUCGAGUAAGCAGAUCGUGGAAGAAUCGAUCAGUGGCUCUCAGGGGACAAGUCAGAACCUUGGCCAGAAGAUGAGUGAAGUGCAUUCUAGUGGGUCUGUCAGUGCUAAAGAAUCGUCGAUCGUCAAAGGUCAAAAGGUCGGUGAAUCGAUUCAAACAUCUCAAAUUGGGUCAAAGCAAAUCGACAACAUAAUACAAGAAAUCAAAUACAUAGCCAGUGAUACGGUUGAUUCAACAAAACGCAUUUCAACGAUACAGCAAAGUAGUGACAGCUCGAAAAGUGACAAAGAGUUCCGUGAAGCCUUGACGAAUUUCGAUGAAGUUGCCAAGUCGGCCAUAUCAGACAUCCAAGGUUCUACCAAAGGCAAUAUCAGUGAAACAACGAGUGUCUCGUAUGGGUCAAACGUACAAAAAAGUGCCACCAGUGGUAAAAUUGUGCAAAGCAGCAGCAGCACCACUAGUUCGGCAUCAAACACCAGUGCCAUAAAACAGAAGCAAUCGUCUAAGACGGAGCUGUUGAGUAGUGAAAAAAUCGUUAGCUCAUCUAGUUCUUCACACGCUCACCAGUCAAGCAGUCAUUCAGUGAAAUCUAGCAACAUGUCCAGUUCACAUUCGACAUCCUCCAAAGGAUUUGAAACUGCAACAUUCCACGUCGAUAAUUCCGAUUCAAAGUUGCUGAAAAAGUCCGAUGAUCUACGCAAGGACUCGGUGCUAACAGUGAACAACCAUCAAUUAAAAGACUUAGGAAAUCAUUCCACAGUUCAGUCCAGUACAUUCCGUUCUGAUACUGCCGAUGGAGGAAAAAUGUUCUCCGACAGUCACAGCUACUCUAUGUCGGAGACCCAAGCUCCGACAACAGAAGUAUUCUACGAUUCCUCCGGAAAUAAAAUUACCUCGACCGAAUCAUCGUCGCAAUCGGCGCAAGGAUUUGCAUCUGCAUCAUUCCAGACCAGUGGCAGUGGUGGCCCAAUGGUAAUUUCAUCGGAUGACAAAUCCUCUUUGAAGUCAACCCUUCGCGAUACAAAUCAAUCAUCAGUCAGCACAUCGAAAAUGUCCUCCAGUAUUUCAUCUUCAACGGAGCGUGCUCAACAUUCUUCAAAACAUACAGAUUCCAGCACGAAUCUCAAUGUCGUCGAUUUGGCCAAUCAAAAACUUCAAGACACCCUGACAUACGGUAAAAACACUUCCAAAAUUUCUUCUACCAUGUCAUCUUCGGAGCAAAAAUCGAGCCUUCACACCGAUUCGAGCACCAAUCUGGCCAUCAUCGAUUCAACAACCCUGGACAAUUACAAACUUCAGGAUGUUUCACAGUCCCAGUCCAACAUGCUGACUAAAAACGCAUCAGCCCACACAAUCACCAGUCUAUCUUCAGCCCAUGACUCGCUGGCCAGCACAAUUCAAAGCUCCCAACUGGCCACCGAAUCAACGCAACAGACCCAAUCGCAUGCAGUUCAUGAGAAAUCUUCACACUUCGAGAAAUCCGACGAGUCCUCAACAUCCCGCCAGAAGGUGACCGAUUUCUACGAGCAACGCGAAGCCAACGCUGCGAUCUUCAAACGAAAAAUCUACGACGAGAAAGUCAAACGCCUCAACCUGAUCGACGAAAAAGUGGUCCCCCGGGAUGUCGUCAUCCAGGACAUUCAGGACGACGUGACCAAUGUGACCACGACCAGUUUCGAGGCCAAACUGUUCAACCCGAAAUCGAAACGCUGGGAACUGGUCGAUCAGAAAACGAUCCGGGAAAAGGACAUCACCGUGGCCAUCCCCGAAGAGAUUGUGCACGAGCUUGAGGUGGAGCGACCGGAACUGGCCAAUAUCACUACCACCAUUCAGCUGACCAAGGUUUAUGAUGCCAAAACCAAGCAGUGGAAAACGGUGGACCAGAAGAAGCACACCGAUGUGCUGGAGAAGAUCAGCUACUUGGAAGAGAGCAGAGGUCGCACAGAGCUUAACGAAUCGGAGCGGCUGAAGAACCUACAAUCUAUCGAUACGGUGGACAAGACCAUCAUCAGUGAAAUCCACGACCAGCGGAAACUGAACAAAACCGACAAAAUUGUGAAGGAGCAGUGCAUAUGUGAGAUCUGUACAUGUGGUCGUCACAAUUGUUUCAACUGUGGAGGCAGCGUUCAGAAAAUCAGUACAUCGACAAGAUUCGCAACCGAGAGUAAUUCAGAAAACUUUUAUCAGCAAGACACACUAAACGCAGAAAGCUCUUUCGUGAGGCGUCGCACGUGGACCAAAGAAGACGUCGAAGAGUACAAAAAUCGUGUGGAAUCUUCGACAAUCGAACGCAGCAGUACCGAGCAGAACGUUACCAAUCGUCGUUUGACAUGGACCAAGGAAGAUUUCGAAAAUCUAGAUCUUUCUAAACUGAAAGAAACGACCGUGGUUAUCGAACGUCAGAAACCUAUACGCCACGAGGAUAAUUUGCGACCCGAGGGUGAUUUCGUUCGACCAGAAAAAUUGCCCUACCAACCAGCAGAACGACCAAGGCAAGUUAGACCGGAGGAUAACCUAAGACCAGAAGGUUCAUUUGAAACUCCAGACAAGCCCAAAUAUCAACCUGGCGAGCGUCAGAAACCUAUACGCCACGAUGACAACCUUCGCCCUGAAGGGGACUUUGACCGCCCAGAAAAGACUCAAUUCCGACCAGCUGAACGACCUAAGCAAAUUAAACCGGAAGAUAACCUGAGACCCGAGGGAGCAUUCGAAACCCCCGAAAAACCAGGAUACAGACCUGGGGAAAGGCAAAAACCAAUACGACAUGAUGACAAUCUGCGACCUGAGGGUGAUUUUGAACGUCCAGAGAAACUACCAUUCAGACCAGCAGAAAGACCGAAACAGAUUCGCCCAGAGGAUAAUUUGCGGCCCGAGGGUUCGUUUGAGAGUCCCGAGAAACUGCGCUAUCAGCCUGGUGAAAGACAAAAACCAAUACGACAUGACGAUAAUCUUCGCCCAGAAGGAGAUUUUGAUCGACCUGAAAAAAGUCCCUUCCAACCUGCUGAACGUCCGAAGCAAAUACGUCCAGAGGAUAACCUUAGACCGGAGGGAUCUUUCACUAAACAGGACAAACCAAAGUAUCAACCUGGAGAACGACAAAAGCCUAUUCGUCAUGAUGAUAAUCUACGUCCAGAAGGUGAUUUCGAAAGACCUGAAAAGACUACAUUCCAGCCUGCGGAGCGUCCUAAGCAAGUGCGUCCUGAAGACAAUCUAAGGCCUGAAGGUACUUUUGAAACACCCGAAAGGCCAAGAUAUCAGCCAGGAGAGAGGCAGAAGCCUAUUCGACACGAUGAUAAUCUUCGGCCGGAAGGUGAGUUUGAUAGACCAGUAUCGACUCCGUUCCGGCCGGCUGAAAGACCUAAACAAGUCAAACCUGAAGAUAACCUUAGACCAGAAGGCUCUUUUGAAUCACCCGAAAAACCUAAAUAUCAGCCGGGUGAAAGGCAAAAACCAAUUCGUCAUGAUGAUAAUUUGAGACCCGAAGGUGAUUUUGAACGUCCCGAAAAGGCUCCAUUCCAACCAGCUGAACGUCCUAAACAAGUACGUCCAGAAGAUAAUCUUCGACCGGAAGGAUCUUUCGAAACCCCCGAUAAACCAAAGUAUCAACCUGGAGAAAGACAAAAACCUAUCCGCCAUGAUGAUAACUUACGUCCUGAAGGUGACUUUGAACGUCCCGAAAAAGUUCCAUUCAAACCAGCUGAGCGACCGAAACAAAUUCGCCCAGAAGAUAACCUCAGACCCGAGGGAUCGUUUGAGUCACCGGAAAAGCAAGUGUUUGUAGCAGCAGAACGCCCGAAACAGAUACGACCGCAAGAUAACUUGAAACCAGAAGGCGAGUUUGAAAGACCCCGUCAUGUAACGUUUGGUGCCGUUGAACGGUCUCAAAUCAUAAGGCAUGAGGAUAAUUUGUUCCUUGAAGGAUCUUUCGAACGAACUGAAAAGCAGGUCUUCGUUGCUGGUGAACGACCAAAACCAAUCAUACCUGGAGAUAAUUUGAGGCCCGAAGGAGAGUUUACGGUUCCGGAAAGAACACAGUACAAACCGAGUGACAGACAGAAACCAAUUCGUCAUGACGAUAAUCUACGUCCAGAGGGAGAUUUUGAACGGCCCGAGAAAACGCAAUUCAGGCCAGCAGAACGGCCAAAGCAAAUUCGUCCGGAGGAUAAUCUUCGCCCGGAAGGAUCAUUCGAAACGCCCGAUAAACCUAAAUACCAACCUGGAGAAAGACAGAAACCGAUUCGUCAUGAUGACAAUUUACGGCCGGAAGGAGAAUUUGAACGUCCCGAGAAAUCUCCGUUUCGACCAGCAGAGCGUCCGAAACAAAUUCGUCCCGAAGAUAAUCUUAGACCUGAGGGAUCAUUUGAAACGCCUGAAAAGCCCCGUUACGACCCUGGUGAAAGGCAGAAACCGAUUCGCCAUGACGACAAUCUACGGCCAGAAGGUGAUUUCGUGCGUCCAGAGAAGACUCAAUUCAGGCCAGCGGAACGUCCGAAGCAAGUCCGUCCGGAAGACAAUCUGAGGCAAGAAGGUGAAUUUACCACACCUGAAAAAUCCAAGUUUGUUCCUGCUGAAAGACCGAAACAGGUUCGACCACAAGAUAACCUCAAGCCUGAGGGAGAGUUUGAGAGGCCACAAUCGGUAGUGGUAGGAACUUUCGAAAGAUCGCAGAUGGUUAGACAUGAAGACAAUCUUCGAAUGGAAGGUAACUUUGAAAGAGUUGAAAAACAUGUAUACAUAGCUGGCGAACGAUCGAAGCCAAUCAGACAUGAUGACAACCUUCGCCCUGAGGGUGGAUUUGAACGUCCCGAAAAAGCUCAAUUCCAACCAGCCGACCGUCCCAAACAAGUGCGUCCAGAGGACAAUCUCCGCCCAGAAGGAUCAUUUGAAACUCCAGAAAAACCUAAAUAUCAACCAGGAGAAAGACAGAAACCUAUCCGCCAUGACGAUAAUCUUCGUCCUGAGGGUGAUUUUGAACGUCCAGAGAAAUCUCCGUUCCGACCAGCUGAACGUCGGGAGCAAGUUCGCCCAGAAGAUAAUCUUAGACCAGAAGGAACGUUUGAAACUCCGGAAAAACAAAGAUAUCAACCUGGCGAGCGACAAAAACCAAUACGUCAUGAUGACAAUCUUCGACCGGAGGGAGACUUUGAGCGUCCCGAGAAGUCUCCAUUCCGACCAGCUGAGCGUCCGAAGCAGGUUCGUCCGGAAGAUAACCUGCGUCCAGAAGGAUCGUUUGAAACUCCAGAGAAACCAAGAUACCAACCGGGUGAAAGACAAAAGCCGAUUCGUCAUGACGAUAAUCUACGCCCUGAAGGUGACUUCGAGCGUCCAGAAAAAUCUCCGUUCCGCCCAGCUGAGCGUCGGGAGCAAGUUCGCCCAGAAGAUAAUCUCAAACCUGAAGGAACGUUUGAAACCCCUGAAAAACCCAGAUACCAACCGGGUGAAAGACAGAAGCCUAUUCGACAUGACGAUAAUCUACGUCCUGAAGGUGACUUUGAACGUCCAGAGAAAUCUCCGUUCCGACCAGCUGAGCGACCAAAACAAGUUCGCCCGGAGGACAAUCUUCGCCCAGAAGGAACAUUCGAAACGCCAGAUAAACCCAGAUACCAACCUGGCGAGAGACAAAAACCAAUCCGUCAUGAUGAUAAUCUCAGACCUGAAGGUGAUUUUGAGCGUCCAGAAAAAUCUCCGUUCCGACCAGCUGAGCGUCGAGAACAAGUACGUCCGGAGGACAAUCUCCGCCCAGAAGGAUCAUUUGAAACUCCGGAAAAACAAAGGUAUCAACCAGGUGAGAGACAGAAACCUAUACGCCAUGAUGAUAAUCUUCGCCCUGAAGGUGACUUCGAGCGUCCUGAAAAAUCUCCGUUCCGCCCAGCUGAGCGGCGAGAACAAGUUCGUCCAGAAGAUAAUCUUAGACCAGAAGGGACAUUUCAAACUCCUGAAAAACAAAAAUAUCAACCAGGCGAGAGACAAAAACCAAUUCGUCCCGAUGAUAAUCUUCGUCCUGAGGGUGAUUUUGAACGUCCGGAAAAAUCCCCAUUCCGACCAGCCGAGCGUCCUAAACAGAUUCGACCAGAAGACAAUCUUCGCCCUGAAGGAACAUUCGAUGCACCAGAGAAACCCAGGUAUCAACCUGGCGAGCGACAGAAACCUAUCCGUCAUGACGAUAAUCUUCGCCCUGAAGGUGACUUCGAGCGCCCUGAAAAAUCCACAUUCCGACCAGCUGAACGACGAGAACAAGUUCGUCCAGAGGACAACCUCAGACCUGAGGGAACAUUCGAGACUCCUGAAAAACAAAAGUACCAACCAGGCGAGAGACAAAAACCAAUUCGUCAUGAUGACAACCUUCGCCCUGAAGGUGACUUUGAACGCCCUGAAAAAUCUCCAUUCCGACCGGCCGAACGACGAGAACAGGUACGUCCUGAAGACAAUCUCAGACCGGAAGGAACGUUCGAAGCUCCCAAAAAGCCUAUAUAUCAACCAGGGGAGAGACAGAAACCAAUACGUCAUGAUGACAAUCUUCGACCUGAAGGUGACUUUGAACGUCCUGAGAAAUCUCCAUUCCGACCAGCUGAGCGACCAAAACAAGUUCGCCCGGAGGACAAUCUCCGCCCAGAAGGAACAUUUGAAACUCCUGAAAAACAAAGGUAUCAACCAGGUGAGAGACAGAAACCUAUACGUCAUGAUGAUAAUCUUCGCCCUGAAGGUGAUUUCGAGCGUCCUGAGAAAUCUCCGUUUCGACCAGCUGAACGACGAGAACAAGUUCGUCCAGAGGACAACCUCAGACCUGAGGGAACAUUCGAGACUCCUGAAAAACAAAAGUACCAACCAGGCGAGAGACAAAAACCAAUUCGUCAUGAUGACAACCUUCGCCCUGAAGGUGACUUUGAACGCCCUGAAAAAUCUCCAUUCCGACCGGCCGAACGACGAGAACAGGUACGUCCUGAAGACAAUCUCAGACCGGAAGGAACGUUCGAAGCUCCCAAAAAGCCUAUAUAUCAACCAGGGGAGAGACAGAAACCAAUACGUCAUGAUGACAAUCUUCGACCUGAAGGUGACUUUGAACGUCCUGAGAAAUCUCCAUUCCGACCAGCUGAGCGACCAAAACAAGUUCGCCCGGAGGACAAUCUCCGCCCAGAAGGAACAUUUGAAACUCCUGAAAAACAAAGGUAUCAACCAGGUGAGAGACAGAAACCUAUACGUCAUGAUGAUAAUCUUCGCCCUGAAGGUGAUUUCGAGCGUCCUGAGAAAUCUCCGUUUCGACCAGCUGAACGGCGAGAGCAAGUUCGUCCAGAAGAUAAUCUUAAACCUGAAGGGACAUUUCAAACUCCUGAAAAACAAAAGUAUCAACCAGGCGAGAGACAAAAACCAAUUCGUCAUGAUGACAACCUUCGCCCUGAAGGUGACUUCGAACGCCCUGAAAAAUCUCCUUUCCGACCUGCUGAACGACGAGAACAGGUACGUCCUGAAGACAAUCUCAGACCGGAAGGAACAUUCGAAGCUCCCGAAAAGCCUAGAUAUCAACCAGGGGAGAGACAGAAACCUAUCCGCCACGACGAUAAUCUACGCCCUGAAGGUGACUUUGAACGUCCUGAAAAAUCUCCAUUCCGACCAGCUGAGCGACCAAAACAAGUUCGCCCGGAAGAUAAUCUUCGCCAAGAGGGAUCAUUUGAAACUCCUGAAAAGCCUAGAUACCAACCUGGUGAGAGACAGAAACCAAUUCGUCAUGACGAUAAUCUUCGACCAGAGGGAGACUUUGAGCGCCCAGAGAAAUCUCCGUUCCGACCAGCUGAGCGUCGAGAACAAGUACGUCCGGAAGAUAACUUGCGCCCAGAAGGAACAUUUGAAACUCCAGAAAAACAGAAGUAUCAACCUGGUGAGAGACAAAAACCAAUUCGUCCCGAUGAUAAUCUUCGCCCUGAAGGUGACUUUGAGCGUCCUGAAAAAUCUCCAUUCCGACCAGCUGAGCGUCCGAAACAAAUUCGCCCGGAGGACAAUCUCCGUCCAGAAGGAACAUUUGAUACACCAGAGAAACCCAGAUACCAACCAGGUGAAAGACAGAAACCAAUUCGUCAUGAUGACAACCUUCGUCCUGAAGGUGACUUCGAGCGACCUGGAAAAUCUCCGUUCCGACCAGCUGAACGUCGAGAGCAGGUUCGCCCGGAGGAUAAUCUCCGCCCUGAAGGAACUUUUGAAGCUCCCGAAAAACCUAAAUAUCAGCCUGGUGAGAGGCAAAAACCAAUUCGUCAUGAUGAUAAUCUUCGACCUGAAGGAGAUUUCCAGCGUCCUGAAAAGGUCACAUUCAAACCUGCUGAGAGACCAAAGCAAGUGAAACCAGAAGACAAUCUUCGACCUGAAGGUGCGUUCGAGUCCCCUGAAAAACCGAAGUUUGUUCCAGCUGAAAGACCGAAACAAAUAAGGCCUCAGGAUAAUCUCAAACCCGAAGGUGAAUUUGAGAGACCUCAAGUUCAAACUGUGGGCAUUGCAGAAAAGUCAAAAAUAAUAAAACAUGAAGAUAAUCUGUACCUUGAGGGAUCCUUUGAAAGAACAGAGAAACAUAUCUAUGUUGCUGGAGAACGUUCCAAACAAAUUCGACAUGAUGAUAACCUCCGUCCUGAAGGAGAUUUCGAAAGACCGGAGAAAACGGUAUUCCAGCCAGCAGAACGACCCAAGCAGAUCAAACCUGAAGAUAAUCUCAAAUCCGAAGGCACAUUUGAAACUCCUGAGAAGCCUAGAUAUCAACCAGGUGAAAGGCAGAAACCAAUUCGUCACGACGACAACUUACGCCCGGAGGGUGAAUUUGAACGCCCUGAAAAAGCACCUUUCCGCCCGGCGGAGCGACCCAAACAGGUUCGACCGGAGGACAAUCUCAAACCAGAAGGGUCAUUCGAGUCUCCUCAAAAGCCAACAUACCAGCCAGGUGAAAGACAAAAACCUAUUCGACAUGAUGAUAAUCUUCGACCUGAAGGAGAUUUCGAGCGUCCUGAAAAGAGACCGUUCCGUCCAGCCGAGCGACCCAAGCAAGUGCGACCGGAAGAUAAUCUGAAACAGGAAGGAGAGUUUGAAUCACCUGAAAAACCGAAAUUUGUUCCCGCCGAACGACCCAAGCAGAUCAAACCCCAGGAUAAUCUCAAACCUGAAGGAGAUUUUGACAGACCACAGCCAGCAGUUAUAGGUACAGUGGAAAGAUCAAAGAUAAUCAAACAUGAAGACAAUCUGUUUCUGGAAGGUAGUUUUGAGAGAACUGAAAAGCAUGUCUACAUAGCCGGAGAUCGACCCAAACCAAUUCGUCAUGAUGACAAUUUGAGACCAGAAGGAGAUUUCACGACUCCCGACAAGCCGAAAUAUUUACCAGGUGAAAGACAAAAACCAAUUCGUCCCGAUGACAACCUUCGGCCAGAAGGUGAUUUCGAUCGUCCGGAGAAAACGCCUUUCAAACCUGCUGAGCGACCCAAGCAAAUAAGACCAGAAGACAAUUUGCGCCAAGAAGGACAAUUCACAUCACCAGAGAAACCGACAUAUCAGCCAGGAGAACGACAGAAACCCAUUCGCCAUGAUGACAAUCUACGACCGGAAGGAGACUUUGAUCGCCCAGAAAAAGCACCGUUCAGGCCAGCCGAACGUCCGAAACAAGUUCGACAUGAAGACAAUCUUAAGCCGGAAGGCUCAUUUGAUACCCCGGAUAAGCCGAAAUAUCAACCAGGAGAAAGACAAAAACCGAUCCGACCUGAUGAUAACCUGCGCCCUGAAGGUGGAUUCGAUCGUCCGGAGAAAACCGUUUUCAGACCAGCUGAACGUCCCAAGCAAGUUAAACCAGAAGACAAUCUCAGACCGGAGGGAGCUUUCAUAUCUCCGGAGAAACCUCGAUAUCAGCCUGGUGAACGACAGAAACCCAUCCGGCAUGAUGAUAAUUUGCGUCCUGAAGGUGACUUUGAACGACCAGAACGUAGUCAGUUUAGGCCCGCGGAGAGACCUAAACAAGUGAAACCCGAGGACAAUCUCAGAACCGAAGGUCAUUUCGAAACUCCUGAGAAACCCAAAUUUGUCCCUGCAGAACGUCCGAAACAAGUUAAGCCGGAAGACAAUCUGAGAACGGAAGGAAGAUUUGAAGCUCCAGAAAAACCUAAAUAUACUCCGGGAGAAAGACAAAAACCCAUCCGCCACGAUGAUAAUCUCCGACCGGAAGGAGAAUUCGAAAAGGUUACCAAGCCAACGUUCAAGCCAGCUGAGCGGCCAAAACAGGUCAAACCCAAAGAUAAUUUGCAUAUGGAAGGUGAUUAUCAAUCUUUGAAGGAGUACAAUGAGUUGAAGCAACGCAAGGAAACCGAAUUGAAAGAGGUGCAUGAAAAUGGAAUCUUAGAUGGAGCGGUUUUAGUGACAACGCAAACUGUUACCACGAUUCUCAAGGGUGAUAAACCAAAAGCUACCGGGAAAGUCGUUACAAUGUCCGAAAAGGAAAGUCGGGAUGUACAAUCACAUGUCGCUGAACAUCGAACCGAGAAGCUAUCGACCACGACUUCAAACGUAGAAUCAAGUUCAGUGCACAAAUCAGUUGAAGGAUAUCAUCAGAAACAGUCCUCUCAUGACAUGAUCAAUACACAAAAUGUACGGCAAUCGGUAUCUGGCAGCUCAAUGCAAGGGUUCAAUCAAACUCACUCGUCUCAACAUGCAAUUGACUCUAGGACAUUACAAAAUGUUGACCAUUCUUCAAAGCACUUGGUAUCUUCAGAUCUUCAAUCAAGCAAAUCAACUGUGUCAAAAUCAUCGUCAAAUGUAGCAUACUUCGAAGAUUCGCACCAAAGCAGCUCCCAACGAAAUACGACUAAUAGUCAGCAUGGGCAAUAUUCUUCAACCCAUGGAAAAUCGCAUUCCAAGGUAUCUACCAUACAUCAGUCAGGAGGUUCAAUCAACGAUGUUUUCCAGCAUUCGUCACAACACGAGCCUCAGAUAAGUUCACAUGAACAUGUAACGGCUAAAUCGGUCUCAUCGGCAACAAAUAAAAUAAUUAUCGACGGUAAAACUGUAACCGAUAAAACGUUGAUCCAACAGUCGGGAAUGGAGAAGAAAAUCGAGGACGGUAUGGUUAAAAUAGACACUAAAUACAAACAAAAUCAUGCCACUGGAUAUGAUGAGCAUUCUCAGUUGACUGCCAAGGGUGAAAUGAUAACGAAUGAAACUCAUGGCAGGAAGCAAACAGGGACUCUUCGCGAUGCAAGAAAUAACAUAAUUCAUGACAGUUCUAACGCGGUGCACAGUAAUCGUCAUGCAGUGAAUGGAACAACAUCCCAGGUAAAAAAGCUAGUCGGAGGAAAGUGGGUAACUAAAACUGUUAGCACGGAAAACAUAAGCAAAAAUCAUGAUUCAACGGCACACAUUGCCGAGACAGGAAGUACUAAGCAGGAAGUGGCUGGUACAAGAACAAGUACAAGUUCUCAGCAAACUAGUUCGUCGAAAACCAGCACGUCACAGACAACAAAAUUGAUAGGUGGAAAGAUAGUUCAUGUCAAAUCAAACAACGAGGCAGAAACAAGAACUCAAACACAGCCAAGUAAAACGCAGCGUCGCGGUAGUUCUAGCAUCGUCUUGGGUGAUGAACGAACGAGUUCGUCCUCGCAAACACACUCGUCUUCUACCAGAAUUGUCGGUGGUAAAUUGGUACACGUAUCUGCAGGAGACAGUGCCAAUCAAAUGUCAACUCAGAAUGGCAGUCAUACCAAAUCAUCAAGCAAUAUUGUAAACACUGUAUCUGAUAGAAGUAAUACGCAGUCGAUGAAAACAGAAAGCACAAGCUCGAUGCAAACUGAAUCGAAGAAAAUGACACAAUCAAUGGAAUCAUCCAGCCAUCAAACGAGUGCCAGUGACAAACAUUUCAAUCGCAAGAGUACCUUCUCAUCCGAGAAUGCGAAUAAUUCAAUUCUCUGUCGUCCAAAUCAAACUAACGUGCAACCUGCUAGCCCUGGCAUUUGCAUCUCAGGAUCUAUUCAGCGAAAAAGUAUCUCUAAUCUGAACGACAGUGCGAUGUAUGCAACGUCAGCCACUAAUCGUACCAGUUAUAGUUCCUUGCAUCGUCGAGAGAAAGAAUCCGCAGACGCUAGGAUGCAAACAUAUGUGAAAACACUGGAAUCAGGUACUAUAACAAACCGUGGCAAGGUGCAACCAUGUGCUCCGCCUACACUUACUACGAGUUCCAACAUGAGCAGUAGUACAAGCAGCAAUGUGAUCGGGCAACACUCGAGCAGUCAGAGCUCAUCUAAAAUUCUUCGAGAUUACCAUUCGGCCCUGAACGUAACCAAAAGUUCGACGAAGGCCAACGCAUCCAGUAUUUCGUUCGGGGACGAUAACAAAUUCCACGGCACCAGUUCGUACAAGACCCAAUACUUGCAGCAGAACGAUGGACGAUGCCCAGCUCAUGCCUUAAACGAUACCUUCAAGGUGUCGAAGGUCACCAAGCAGCAUACGUACUAUUUGCACGACAGACGAUGAACGCGCAGCUAUAGACAACCAACUUUCAUUAACCUACCAUAUAAAUUCAGUGCUUGCGAGAGAAACCAGCUUACGAUUUUCUUUUAACAACGAAAUACUUUGAAAUAAACUAAACAAAACGAUUGUUGCUUUUAUUGGUAUAUUAUAAAACUGUUAUUGCUACGCAUUAAAAACAAUGGAAUUAAAAUAAAGGCUCUUAUAUUGCAAAAA